ACUCACCUACACACAUGCCCUCGUCCUCGUCAUUGUCGGAGUCUAGCUCUUCAGAGUCAGAAAGUUCCUCUCGUGCCGUACAGAGUAGCCAGAAGCGCAAGAGGCACGCUCGUGAUGAUCUUAACGACUCGGACUCGGGCUCGAACAGCACAUCAGUCUCCACCAAAAACUCAGAUCCUGGGGACAGCGACGCAGAAGAUGUGCCACAGGAGGAUGACGUCCCAGUUCUCUCGCACGCAGAGCAGCGGCGCCAAAAGAAGAAGCAGUUGAGUGCAGAGAAGAAGGCCCAGGUCGCUGCUGCAACCGCGGAUAAUGAGGCUCCCAAAACGAAGAAGCAAAAGGUGAAAAACACCGCCGAGCUCGCUCCGUCCAAGGUACCCAAGCGGCAGAACUCUGUCUGGGUGGGUAACCUGUCCUUCAAGACGACACCAGAGUCAGUCCGGAAAUUCUUCGACGGCGUGGGCGAAAUCACUCGUGUGCACAUGCCCAUAAAGAUGGCGAGUGCCGGUCCUGGAGGCAGGGGCGCCGUUAAGGAAAACCGUGGCUUCGCGUACGUGGACUUUGCGACUCCGGAAGCCAAAACGAUAGCCAUCACUCUGUCUGAAAACCCACUGGACGGACGGAAACUUCUGAUUAAAGACGGUGAUGACUUCACCGGUCGGCCAGCUGCCACAGCUCAGCUGGAGGCAUCGGAAGGGUCUGACGCAAGAACUGCGUUAACCGGCCACUCCAAGACGGCCCAGAAGAUUCUCAAGUCCCAAAAACAGCCUCCAGCGUCGACGCUCUUCCUCGGCAACCUCGGCUUCGAGACGACAGAGCAGUCAGUGCGCGACCUCUUCACGCGCAAUCGCGUGGCCAAGGUCGACGGCGGGAACGAGGACGCCGACGCGGACAAACCGGAGCCAAAGAAGGACCAGUGGAUCCGCAAGGUGCGCAUGGGCACGUUCGAGGACAGUGGCAAGUGCAAGGGAUGGGCCUUCGUCGACUUAUUCACGACCGAACACGCCACCGCCGCGCUCACGAACCCGAAGAACCACUUCCUCGACGGCCGCAAGCUCGUGGUCGAGUACGCCUCGCCCGAGGCCGUGCGCCGCGGCGGCGGUCUCCUGCGCGAGAAGACCAAGGAUGUGCCGCACCAACAGCAGGACGAAGCCGCAGGAGGCGGACACGAGCAGAAGCGGCGCGCGGGACGCGUGCGGCCGAAGCGCAAAUCCGAAGUAGCGGAGGGUGCGGCGGAGCGGCAGGACGAGCGGCUUGCGAAGCGGCCACGGCUCGAGCGCGAGGAACCACCGCAUAAGGCGUGGGAGGGUAGAGAGGGUCGGCAAAAAAUACGCGCAAAGCCUGGUGCGGCUCUCGCGAAUGCGAAGCGCGAGACGGCUGGGAUCGUGCCAAGCCAGGGUAAGAAAAUUGUGUUCUAGGUUUUCUACUGCAUGUAGAGGAACAUAGCGCAUUACAUCCAGCUGCUGUAAUCUCUUUCUCUUGUUCUACACGGGCAAUAUUGGUUUGCAAAAUUUGUGCCAGAAUGUGAGCAUGAUUGCUCAUGUGGAUGUGUACUAAAAGACCGUGUCACUUCAUAUCGUAGUGCAAUCUGA